AUGGAAGACUCUGUGAUACUUGAAGAGGGUUUGGCUGGUUUUCAAAAUUCAAUGCAAGCAGCGACACCAGUUCCUGAAUCUGAAUGCAAGAAAUGUUUUCUUGCUUCUCCAUCUACGUUUAUUACCAUUAUUGGUAGAUCUGAAUGCACUAACCCCCAGCCCCCAUCCCUCUCUCUUGGGCGUCGGCUCAGCGACGGAACACCAAAACCCAAUUCCAGUAAGAACCAGUCCCAAUCUGGCUCGCAAAAGAACCAGGGUCCCAAAGCCGUCACUUCAAACUAG